CGAAAAUUGUUACUGUCGCGACGUUUUUUACAAGUCAGGAAGAAAGGAUGCAGUCUCUUAAUUGGUAGCAUCUCAUAAAUCACGUGGAUCUUAUAAUAUGAAAUAUGCAUGCCGAAACGACCCGAGCUAAGCGGUGCAUUCGAUGUGCACGAAGGUACAGUUAAGCUGGCUGUUGGAUGUACACAGGUCUCUGCGCGAAACGCGCUGUUCUGCCCGAUUAAGCCGAAUGCAUUGCUGCAAAGUCGCUUCGUGUUAUGCUGCCGCCACCAAGUUGCCGUUCCGUUGUUUGCCGGAAAUGCUGCCUAGAUCCUCCACUAACGUAGGCGUGCACACGCUUCCGACUAUUAUUUCCAGUUAUACUUCCAGCUGUGUUUCCAACUGUGCUUCCAGCUAUGCUUCUUGCUGUGCUUCUUGCUGUGCUUCUGGCUGUACUUCUAGCCGUGUUCCUACUUUGCUUAUUUAAUUCUUCUCGUUGAUGACAAGUCCUUAUCGCAAUAUUAUAGUUUUUCUGGAUAUUGUGCUUCUGGAUGCUAUAUUCACUACAAUGCUGGAAGCUAUGCUUGGUGAGCUUGGUGACUAUAAUGCUUGGUGGCUAUAAUGCUUGGUGGCUACAAUGCUUGGUGAGCUUGGUAACUACAAUGUUUGAUCCAUUAUCUUCAAAUUAGAAUAAAGAUAGUAAUUGGAUUUGGAUUUAAAAUUUCGUUAAACCGAUACACAUUUUUUCACAAAGAAGUGAUUCAAAAAAUUAUUAUCGCAUGAAACUACAAAUCGUUCAACGCUCGCAAUGUCCAAAGCAGGCAACGGAAACAAGAAAAUCAGAAAUUGCCCGCCGCGACUGUUCUAUGCUUAACUACUUUCAUAAGUUUUCAGUGAUUUUCACAUAUAAGAAAUGUAUGAAUAAGUACGUACUCGCAUUUUGAAGUAUUACAGAAUUUUACUAUCUUGUAUUACAAAUAAUGAAGUAUUUAUUACAUAAAUGAAUAAAUACGCAAUCUAAGAUAUUGGUAGACAUUCGUGAAAUAAAAUAUCCUUUAAUCACGGCAUUUAAUUAGUUGCGCAAAAUUUGGAUUUAUAAUUAUUCGUAGGAAAGAAUAUUUUAAUUUUUGUUGCAAUUAAUUUGAGAAAAUAUAACGCGAACGGAGCGAUUUUUAUUGCCGUAAUAGUGCGUAUACGUGUGUUGCUUCGUAGGGCACAAAUAUAAAUGAUCAUUGGCGUUACGUGCUAGUUCGAAAUUUCUUACGAAAAUCCUACCGAAAUUCCUUACGCGUGACGUAGAUGGUUGUUUACAUUUUCACAAUUAAUGAUGUGCGUACGCGCGCUGUCCUCUGUACGCCAGGCUAGAGAUACUUUUCGCUAUCAUCAUUCGCACGAAGGCGUUUAAGCAGAGCAGUCGACAAUCGGUCCGGUAUUAUUACAAGUCGAGUUAUCUCAAAUCGUGAUCGCGGUGAAAAUUAGAAGAUUCUUUCUUACAAGUAAUUAUAAAUUUAUAUUCUUUGCAACUAAUUAACUAUCGCAAUAGAACUCGAAUAAUUUAUUUCGCGGAUAUAUAUUUUCAUAACUUUAGUUUACAUAUUGUAUUCAAUUAUGCAAUAAAUGUUCUAUUAUUUGUAAUAUGAAAGAGUAAAAUUCUGUAACGUAUUAAAAUGCGACUAUAUAUUUAAUCAUAUACGGAAAUCGCGGAAAGUUUAUGAAAAUAGUUAGGUAUAACAUAGUCGCGGUCAAAUUGACGACGCAAUUUUCGAUUUUUCUUUGUUGCUGUUGGCUGUUUCGAAAUUCCUUACGCGUGACGUAGAUGGAUGUUUACGUUUUCGCAACCUAUGAUGUGUACGCGCACUGUCCUCUGUACGCUAUAACUUUUCACUAUCAUUCGCACGGAGACCUUUAAGCAGUGCAGUCGACAAUCGGUCCGGUAUUAUAUUACAAAAAUUGCGUUAUCUCAAAUCGUGAUCGCGGUGAAAAUUAGAAGAUUCUUUCUUACGAGUAAUAAUAAAUUUAUAUUCUUUGCAACUAAUUAACUAUCGCAAUAGAACUCGAAUAAUUUAUUUCGCGGAUAUAUAUUUUCAUAACUUUAGUUUACGUAUUGUAUUCAUUUAUGCAAUAAAUGUUCUAUUAUUUGUAAUAUGAGAGAGUAAAAUUCCGUAACAUCUUAAAAUGCGAUUAUAUAUUUACUCAUACAUGAAAAUCGUGGAAAGUUUAUGAAAAUAAUUAGGGAUAACAUAGUCGCGAUCAAAUUGACAACGCAAUUUCCGAUUUUCCUUUGUCGCUGUUGCCUGUUUCGAAAUUCCUUACGCGUGACGUAGAUGGUUGUUUACGUUUUCGCAACUUCUAAUGUGUACGCGCGCUGUCCUCUGUACGCUAUAACUUUUUACUAUCAUUCGCAUGGAGGCAUUUAAGCAAAGCAGUCGAUAAUCGGUCCGGUAUUAUAUUACAAAUCGCGUUAUCUUAAAUCGUGAUCGCGGUGAAAAUUAGAAGAUUCUUACGAGUAAUUAUAAAUUGAUAUUCUUCGCAACUAAUUAACUAUCGCAAUUAAAAAUUUAAAUAAUUUAUUUUAUGGAUAUAUUUUCAUAACUUUGGCUACUAUUUUAUUCAUUUAUGCAAUAAAUGUUUCAUUAUUUGUAAUAUGAGAGAGUAAAAUUCCGUAACGUCUUAAAAUACGAUUAUAUAUUUACUCAUAUCUGGAAAUCGCGGAAAGUUUAUAAAAAUAGUUAGGUAUAACAGGUCGCGGUCAAAUUGACGACGCAAUUUCCGAUUUUCCUUUGUCGCUGUUGUCUGCUUCGGACAACGUAUUGAACGAUUUGUAACUUCGUGCGAAUAAUUUUUUUGAUUUACUUCUUUGUCAAAAAAUGGCAAAGUGCGCGUCGGGAGUGUAAUUUCGCGAGUGUUGUGCUAUCGAAGCAGCAGCCGUCAAUGGACUGAGAGGAGGAGGCGGCCCAGGGGGCAUUGGGCGACAGCGGAACAACUAUAGAAUCAACGUGUAUAUAUAUAUAAACUACGACUCCGCUGUUGCGCAUCGUGUGUCGGUUCUCUUUUGUCGAUAGUCGGCGACAAUGGCAUCACUCGACGAGGAUUGCAAAUAUAGGAGAAAAAGGAAGACGGUGGCUGAUAACGAACUUUCCACUUUUUUCACCGUUAUUCCGAAAUUCCGUCGACAAUGAAUUUCGAAAAUCAAUCUCGUGGUCUCGAUGCCCUGCUUUUUUCCGCUUCAUCGCUUCAUCGAAGGGAAGAGGUUUUCCAUGUCGACGAAGAAGACUCCAAUGAUGAAGAAUAAGCUGUAGAGCUGAAAAACAAGCAGCAGCCAGCAAAGCUCGCACAGCAUGACGCAUUCGUUUGGAACCGACGAGGACAGAUUGUGGUGAAGAGGCAGUCAAGAUUCUCUCGAGUACGUCCUUCGAAGAACGACGGAAUCUCUUCACUCUGUCGGACUCGAGAAGAUGUGUUCUCGCUGAAGAAAGUAGUUACUACAAUCGCUAGUUACCAUACAUUCGAGCAUCCUUGGACAGCGCUGGGAUGAAGUUACCCUCGUUCGCUCAUAAGGUGACCGCUAUUGGGUUAAUAUCAAUCAGUGUACAAUGUUGAAUCACGUGUAUUUGCCCGCAUAUUGCGCGCACGCUCGUACGUCAGUUGCAUCAGAAACAAGCAAAAGGUAGAACCGGUUGUGUGUCUUACCGACUUUACUGUGAAAUUUUGAGCCUUACACAUGUAGUCAUCAAGACCGGAAGCAACGAUGACUUCUACCGGCGCAGCAUACCUCAAGGCAUUUAUGAAAAUGUCUGGCUCUCUUGGCAAACAAUACAAACGUCCUUUCACGGUAUGUGUAGAAGGCAAUAUAGGAAGUGGCAAAACAACGUUCCUGAGUCAUUUUAAGAAAUUUGACAAUGUUACUGUAUUAGAAGAGCCUGUUGAACUUUGGCGUAAUGUGUCUGGUACAAAUCUACUGGAAUUGAUGUACAACGAUCCAUCUCGUUAUGCUUUCUUGUUUCAAUCUAAUGUACAAUUGAGUAUGCUCCAAUUGCAUACUUGUAAAACACCCUCACCAUACAAAAUUAUGGAGAGAUCUGUCUACAGCACAAUGUGUUUUAUUGAGAAUAUGAAACGCAAUAAUAUAUUGAGUGAUGCUGAAGUUACUGUUUUAGAAGAAUGGUACGACUGGUGUUUAAAAAAUGCCAAUAUAGAAACUAAUUUAAUAGUAUACUUGAGGACAACACCUGAAAUUGUGUACGAGAGAAUGAAACAACGAGGUCGGAAGGAAGAAAACGCUGUUUCGUUGGAAUACCUGAAGCGAAUCCAUCAAAUUCAUGAUGAUUGGCUUUAUCAUCGUACUAUGAAGCCAGUGCCAGCACCGAUUAUAACCAUAAACGGUGAUCGAGAACUUCAUGAAAUGGUGGAAGAAUUCGACAAAUGUAAAAAUAAAAUCUUUAGCAAUGUGAUAGACGAUAGCGAUGUGAAUAAUACGAUGAUCACAGUGCCAACGAAUCACGUACUACCCAAAAUAAAAGCUGGUAUCUCGGAUUGAAAUGUAGAAUUAACAGCUUUCACAGGAGCUUAAUUAAUCUUGAACACCCACUUCUCUGAAGAAUGCUAUGAACGCGUCCAUUAAAAUUUUUACCGGGGGAAAAUCAUACCAGAAUUUCUCUCAGAGAACACGCUCCCAAAAUUUCAGAAACACGUGAAACACAUGUAUACACUUUCAUCGACUAAAGCAUAAAUCUCUCCCCACUGGUUACAACAUAGCGCCGUGCAAACUGACCAAUUCCAGGAAUUGCUUUAUUUGCACCGAUAACGCGAUUCCGCGAAUAUAUCUACUAAAGACAGGAAUAUAUUUUUAACCGCGCGUGUUGUGGAUAUGAAAGCACAUGUAUGUAUCGUUAUUUCAUAUCAUUGUUUCGUUUCGCCCGCAGAUCCGGACGUUUCGACCAACGCCGUAUAAAAUUGUAUAGUUGAUUCACAAUUCUGCCGCAAUUACAAUAUCGAGGGAAAAGAUAUUUUUACAAUUUUCAUUCGCAAAUCAACCACUAUUGUUUCCCUUGCGCUAUUUAUAUAAUUUUUUGUAAUGAAAGAGAUUUUAACCAGAGACAAAAAUUUUUAGUUUUAACUUUUUAUCUUAACUUUCAUUAUUUUCUGAGAACUUUUAUUCGACGAGUUCUAGUAUUUUGUAAUAGAGCGGGAAAACUUUAAUUAAUCGGAGUGAUUAGAAGAUUACUGAUAAUUUUAAUUACAUAUUAGAUUAUAUUGCUAUUUUUUGUUCCGUUUUAUGUGCUGUAUAUGCUACUUAUCGUUAUCAGUCAUGACCCACGUGCAGUGUAUCGUUAGAGGUAUAAAAAUUCAACAAGUUUUACAUUACAGUGAUAAACAGGAAACGUGAAAGACAGAUACGUCAAAGUUCUGUUAAGCGAAAGGAAAAUAUUUGAACGUUUCAUCUGGGAAAAAGCCGCCUCGAUACGCAAUAAAUUUAUAGAACUUAAAAUACUGCAUUAUAUUCUAGCUCGUAUAUAAUCCACAAGUGUAACGACCUAUCUAUCUUGUGGAAUCUAUGAUUCAUUCCACGUGCAGUUAAACAUUAACGAAAGAACAGUUGUCCUCGACGAUGCAUCUUCUCUCUGCAAGCGCAACUGCAGCCCAAGAAAUGAAAGAUAAAACAACAUAAAAAUUGAAAUAUAAUUUUCUAAAAAUAUUCGAUAUACUAUAUUUUUGGAAACAUCCUUCUGUGAAUAUUUUAUUGAUACUUUUUCGAGGAUUAAGUUAUCUUUUCACUUCAAUUAUUAUAUUCCAAAAAUAUGAUGCACGUAAGAAAGAGAACUUUUAUGGCAUGAUAUUAUAAUUCCAUCUUUUCUAUUCUAUGACGAGCAGAAUAUAUCUCACGUACUUCGUUUCAGAACUAAUCUUUUUCAAAGUCGACACAAAAAUGCCACGCCUUUAUCGUGCGUAUCAGUCAUGUAUUUAAUUCGGCGCCGGAUAAUAUUUGCACGAUAUGCAAUACUGGAUCAACAUGAGAUGCAACAUUCCAGAAUGAUAACAUGAACAAUUUAAUAAUUAUCAUCGACAAAAGAUCCCGUACGAACGUAUGCAAUAUUUGUUUCUAAAAGUAGUCCACGAUAAGACUUUUCGGCUCGAACUCUUGUUAGCUUUAAACAAUCAUAAAGCUCGUGUUUGCGGGAUUGUCGACUUAAGUGCUCGGUAAGCAAAACUCGGUAUUUUUGUAUCUGCCAGCGAAAUUGAUCGCGUCUCGCGAAUUUCAAGAUAAGUCUCCCAAUCGUGAGCAUUACGCAACGGGUAUCACGCAAUGGAUUCACACGCGCUAUCUGUUGUUUUUAUAGUCCUGCCAGACGUUCUUAGACGUAAUCAGAAAUGUGCAUGAGAGAUGAGUAAAAUCGAUUGCUCAUCACGGAAAAACACAGUAUGAAAACCUGUAUUUAACAUAUUGUUUAAUGAUAGGCGUUUUAUUAAUAUAAUGCUCGGAAUAAAAAGGUAAUUUUAGAUUCGAGUCAAGAUUUUUCUUAACAUCGUUUUUUGCCAAAUCAAUUACACCAUCGCUUAAUCUAAUUGUAUAAAUAGCAAGUGAUAAUGCUUUCCAUCAGGUCGGAUGUAUAUAGCGAUAAUCAUAAUGCGCAUAAGAGCGUUAAAAAGGAUGUUAAGUGCCAUUGACACUUCGUGAUAAUUUCACGUUUAGAUACUUGUCAGAUGAUCGAAUAUCUGUUAACAUAUGAUAAACAGUUGAGAUAAAUUGAUUUGACAAAAAAAAAUACAUUCAAUCUAAAAAUAUAAUUUUACACUGAUUGCAACAGACUAAAAACUAAAGAAUAAUAAUGUACGAUUGUUUUAUCUGAGAAAUAAACUUAUAAACUUCUUGAUCACAGCAAUGACCAGAUGCUAAAUUUAAAAAAUGUAUAUAAUAAGCAGGAUUGCAAAUAGAGCCACUUUCAAAAUGUGAAAUUUUAAUUAACAGCUAUUUUAUAUUUAUAAUAACAAAAAAAAAACCAAAAUUAAGAAAAAGUAUCUCAACUUAAUUGCUAACUUAAGUUUCCCGCAGAUAAUACAGUUCCCGCAUAAGCGUGUCUUGUUUAGCUGAUGUUAUAUAAUUAUGUCCGGUGAUUUUGACUAACGUCACAUCAUAAUACAUUAUGAUUCAUCAGACUGUUUUAUCGGAUAGUCCAGAAAUAGUAUUGUCUUUGCGAAUUGCUUUAUGCUUCACAAAGAAUUCUCCAGAAUUAGCAAUUCCAUCGCGUCGACAACGAGCACUAUGAAUGUGUUUGCACGGUUCAGUGACAACGUGUAUCACUCGUAUGAGAAGCGUGUGCGUACAAAACGACCUCGUCACCUGGAUUUUCCAAUGGCAAAACGAGUUCCCCAUUUCGCGUUGGCGAUGCUAAUAAAUUUGAAAGCAAAAUAGAGAACAAAAGUCAAUUGAUGAAUUUGAUAAUAUUCUGCAGCGGAAUUGAACACAACAUUGUACAGAAUUAUUAUACUUAAUUCGCAGACAAAACUAAUGUUUGCACAUUAAUUUAUUUUUAUGUGAAAAAUCAUUGCUUAACAUAGAUACAGUAGUUUGUAUCGUAAUCGUUUGUGUAAUCUAAAGAGAUUAUAAUUUUUCGAUUGAUUAGUCAAAAUGAAAAAAUUGAAGCUAUACUCUGCCGACUUGCUGUUUCUGGCCUUUGAUUAAUUUAUAAUCUGAUGGAAACACAUGACAGAUGUGCUACCUAUCUAUAUUCAAUAAUCUAUGCUAGAUAUCGCAUGUAUCUUUUCUUAUAAUAGGGUUGAAUCCAACUUUAGGCAGAUAUUUUUAUACUAUCAGAAAAAA